AUGAGUCCUCGACGGUCCUCCCGUGCCCGCUCCUCUCAGCAACCUCCCCCCGGUCCCAAUCACACAAAUUCCCACUCCUCCAACAACUCCAAACCUGAUCGAGAUACUCGAGCGAGUCAUCGUACCACCUCCCCGCGAAGACCCUCCACCCAACGAUCCGAAUCCGCUGAUGGCGCCGACUCGACCUCUCGUGCGGAGCAGAUCGCACCGCGUCGCAGCAGGCGAAAUGGAGAGGACAAAGAGCAACCAGCUGUCAAACAACCCGUGGAGGAAGAGGAGGAGGAUGAUAACGAAGAGAAUGGAGUCGAUCCUGCUGAAGAGGAGGUCACUCGCUGUAUAUGUGGACAGGCGGAGUAUCCUGGCCCCUCGCCCAGCAUACGACAACAGCAGCCCAACACCGACACCCUGACUGAUGACACGGGCAAUUUCUUUGUUCAAUGCGACAAUUGUGGUGUCUGGCAACAUGGUGGCUGUAUGGGUUUGCUUGAUGAGUCCAUGUUGCCCGAUGAGUAUUACUGUGAACAAUGCAAGCCAGAAUUCCACAAGAUUACAAAGUCUGCCAAUGGACCCAGAUCUUCUCGCUACCUCCCUGUUCUUGAAGCACGGUCGACUCGAUCUUCUCCCCCCUCCUCCAACCCCGAACAAUCUCGCAAGAAAGAUAGCAAGAACAAGCAAAUCGAGAGUACGAAGAGGCGGGCGACCAUGAACAGUCGCGGUGCGUAUGAUGAAGACGAAAUGCUACGGAGAGCCAUUGAGGAGAGUAAAGAAAUGGGCUCUCUGGGCAAGCGGACAAGGGACGACACAGACGAUCAAAAGGGCAAUCCAAAACGACAGCGUACGGGCUCGCAUUCCUCGUCCGCCGUGUCCAAAUGCAGUGAAUCACCUGAGCCACAUGCGGAAGAUGCGCCUGGGAGAGGGACGGGAUCUGGACGCACUGCUUCCCAGAAACUGAGAGGAGCCGCCGCACGAAACAACCGAGAAAAAGAGUCGAGAGAUAAACAAAAGGAACAGCAGGCCGCUCAACGAGCAGAGGCGGCGAGUAAACGAAAUGCUCGAUCAGAGAGGAGAAGAGGAGAAGGUAACAACGCCGCCUGGGAUGGCGUUUCUCGGCCUGUGGCUGACGGUCGGAUAGAUUCUCCACCUCCCACUCCCAGUCUCUCCCCUUCCAAAUCCGCGGUGUCCAAUGGCAAAGUCAACGCCGACACCCCCCCCUCGGGCCGAUCGAACAACAAUCGCAAAACGGGACGACCGCCGGCGAGACGAGGGAGACUGGGGAGAAAUCAAUAUACCCGAGAUCAGGCCAAUGGGGAAGAGGGCGAAACGCCGAUGAGAGAUGCCUCCCACGAUGUCAAUGGAAGUGGAAGGUCCCCUCCGGGUGCCAACGGAAUAAAUGGUGAAAGCGGACGGAGCUCGAAAGCCAAAACUCAUCCGGCCAGAACCAGCCUGAACGAGAUGAAGAGACGAGUGGCUGCCAUUCUGGAAUUUGUUGCGCAUAUGCAAACGGAAGGAGGAACACAAACACAGCAUUCAAGUGGAAGCACAAGCGCCAAAGGAGCCAACACACCCAACGGAGUCAAGAGCAACAAUUCUCCGACGGCGAAUUUGGCGAAAGCGGUGGAAGCCGGUCUGAAAGAGGUCAACUCCAAAGACGAAGACACUGGCGUGAUCAUGAUGGAUGAAAAGGACUUUGGGAAUAUGGGAAGUGUGGAAAUGAUGGAAACAUUGACGAGAGAGCUGGUACAAUGGCAAAGCAUAUAUGGCGUCUAUUCGCGAUGA